AACAUAUGUCACAUUUGAUAUUGAUGCUACCGGGCUUGCAUUUUUUUUUGUUUCGAUUAAUCAAAAUUAACCUAAUCGCUAAUCACGAGAUCAAGCAGUUGCAUUACAUAUUUUAAAAUUUCGUGUCCUAGUUGAAUGAAAAGCACAAUCGUUGAAGCCCUGUAAGUACCGAAUCGAGGCGUUUUCGCUGAAUACCAUUAAAUUUAGUCAAUGUCGGAUUGUGUCCAGCUUCUUUAUUGUGUUGAACUGUGAUUCUCUUACUUCGUCACGUUAAGUAGUUAGCGACUAUGUUACAACUUUUAAGGCAAUUUAGUCGAGUCCAGAAAUGUUCAUGUAGUCACAAAAAUGUCGACAUCAGCAGCUGCAGGGAAACCGAUAGUUCCUUCACAACACAACUUGGUUUGGAUUGACCUGGAAAUGACCGGUUUGGAGGUGGAAAAGGAUCGUAUCCUGGAGAUAGCCUGCGUAAUCACCAAUAAGAACUUGGAAAUCCUGGAACGUGGUCCGGAUAUUGUUAUCCACGAGCCGGAAGAGGUGCUGAACGCAAUGAAUGAAUGGUGCCAAACCAAUCAUAGCAAAACGGGGCUGAUCCAGGCGGUUCGUGAAUCGAAAAUCGAUCUGCAGAAAGCUGAGCAAAUGGUGCUGGAUUUCGUCAAAAAGUAUUGCCCGGAAAAGGCUUGCCCACUGGCGGGAAAUACAAUUUAUAUGGACAGAAUGUUCCUGUAUCGAUAUAUGCCGCAGUUGAACGAAUAUCUGCACUAUCGCAUCAUAGAUGUGAGCACGGUUAAAGAACUGUGCAAACGCUGGAAUGGGGCAGUCUUUAGCAACUGUCCGCCGAAAAAGUUGGUGCACCGAGCGCUGGACGACAUCGAGGAAAGCAUACAGGAGUUAAAAUACUACAAAGAUUAUAUGUUUAAAAAAUAGUUUUAGCUUAGCUAGGGAUUACAGGGUCUCUAAGACAGAAAGAAUAUUAGACUUAUAGCUUUUGAUUCGACUUUCGAGUAACUAAAUAAUUGUAAAGCUUUACAUAUUGAAUAAAUUGUGAAGAAAGAUUAUUACUUUAA